AUGGCCUUCAAGGCUCCCCCUUUCGUGCCCUUGCGUCCCCCGUCGUGCCUCGCCACACCUCGCCUCACUUCGCCACACUGUGCCUCUUCUCGAUCUGCCUAUACUCGAUCUGCCAAAAUAGUGGUUGGAGAGACUGCAGUGAUUGGCAACAAUGUCUCCAUUCUGCACCAUGUGACCCUCGAUAGUACCACUAAGAUUGGUGGGGACAGGCACCCCAAGAUUAGUGAUGGUGUGCUGAUUGGUGCCGGUGCUACAAUUCUCGGCAACGUGAAGAUUGGGGAAGGUGCUAAGAUCGGUGCCGGGAGCGUUGUUUUAAUUGACGUGCCACCACGGACUACCGCGGUUGGAAAUCCGGGGAGUUUGGUGGGUGGAAAGGAGAAGCAUUCUAAGCAUGAGGAUGUCCCCGAUGAGUUAAUGGACUAUACUUCCUUUAUCUCUGAAUAG